AUGUUAGAUGAUUUUAUCAAUAAUCAAAAUCAAAUUGAAUUGAAUACAGUAGAUUUAAAUAUUGACAAUGUUAUUCAUUCAUCACCGUCAUCAUCAUUGUCAUCAUCUUAUGCAAUAUCAUCUGUAGAGAUUUGGGCACUUAUAUUAACAUUUUUAUAUUAUGCUAUAAUGAUAUGUUUAGGUAUAUUUUGUUGGUUAAAUGCUAAACGUAAAUAUAAAAAUCGUCAAAAAACAAUAGAUAUUUCAACAUGGUCACGUUUUCAUAUUGGUCCUAAUCAAUUACAUAUUAAAUAUACAGAUGAUGAUGGUGAUUCUAUGGCUAAUUAA